AUGAAGGUCCUGGUUUUGGGUUCCACCGGAAGACUUGGCUCCCGCGUUCUAUCAGCCCUGUUGGCGCGAGGACAUUCUGUUGUCGCCUUUGCGCGCGACUCCUCUAAACUCCCUCCCAGCAUCAUCUCCCAGCUCUUGGCCGUGGAGCUUGGAGAUGCGACAAAAAGUGCCGAAAUCACAGCUGCUGGAAAGAAGCACCAAUGCGACGCUAUCGUGAAUACGGCUGGCUAUGCUGCCAUGGCACCUUGGGGGAAGAGUGAUCUUCCAUCAAUCGUGGAUGCAGUUAUUACUGCCGCAUUGGAGAUGAGCCAGGAUCGUGAAUCUCCCUUGCGGGUAUGGUUUCUCGGAGGACUUGGCCUCUUGGACCUCCCGAACACAAAUUACCGAAUUGUGGACUACUUGCGAAUGUUUCCACAACACCAACACACCUGGGCUAAGCUCCAGGCCUUGCCACCCUCGGGCAUCCAAUGGUCUGUCCUUUGCCCCGGUCAGAUGUAUCCUAUGAGUGCAACGACCUACCCUAUCCCAAAUGAAGCUUCGGCCGAAAAUCUUUCGGUUGCUAGUACUUCACCCCCUGAGUGGUCGUCUAAGUUGUUGGGUAUCCCGUUGAUCGGAGGUUAUCUCAACGUUCUGAGCCAAGCAUCGUCCUACAAGACAGCUCUUGAGGAAAAUGCAGAUUUCAUCGCCCAGGAUCUUUUGAAAGGAGCAGAGAGCCCAUGGAUGUUCCAAAAAGUGGGAACAAAGAACAAGACGCAAUGA